AUGGCGUCGCCCUCGAGAACCGGAACCGACUCGAACCCGCCCCCGCUGUCCUCCUCGCCCAUGUCGCAGCCACAAAUCUACUCAUCCUCGUUGCCGCGCGAUGAGGUCACCGCCCGCCUCGCCGCCCCCGUCCCAGCCGAGACGCCAUCCGUCAACCGCAGCGGCUCGCCCAAGCCCGGUGCUUUUGAAAAUGACGGCGAUAUUCCUCCUGGAUCCUACAGCCAAGGACCUGGUACCUCGGCCCUCGCCGCCGCCCUUGCUGGCUCGCUCGGUCAAACACCGCCACGACAUGGCACGCCGCCCGUCCGCCUCGCCUCGCCGCCGCCAGGCCGAUCUCUCUCGCCUGCCAAUCUUCCCAUAGUCUCCGGCACCACGCCCAUAAACUAUGGCUCCUUUGACUCGAGACGCAUGUACAUGGGUGCAGGCACUGGUGGUGGUGGUGGUGCAGGUGGUCCCGGCGGCACAGGCCCAUAUGAGGACCCCGAGAUCGUGAAGCGCCAUCUCGUGCAGCCCAGCGAGGCCGAGGCUGGUGGCGCCUCUGAGGAGUCUUCGGUUCAUGGCACCGUCAAGGGCAAGCAGCUCGAGCAUGCCAGCGGUGCCGGUCUCAACGAAGACGAGUUCUCCAGCCUGCGUCUGCAGGGCGGCGACGUCACCCGCGGUAUCUACAAGUGGACGGAGCAGGCCGAGGCUAAGAGCCGCUUGCAUCGCAGCCAGAGCUUCGAUCACUCGCGCCCCGAACCCGAGAACGAGGUCGAGGACAUCAACACCAUCAAAGUCCCCGGCGGCUUCCGCAGAGAUCAUCUACGACGCACGGCAAAGAGCCCGUCUGGCAACGCGUCUGAGGCCGAGCACGGCGUCCCCUCGCCUGGCGGGGCCGGCAACGACCGCCUAUUUACGUCGAGCUUUUUGGAAUUUCUGUCGAUUUACGGCCACUUUGCAGGCGAGGAGCUGGAAGAAGAUGACGAGGCGCUUGGGCCCAACGAGUACUUUGGCGACGACUACGAAGAUGACGCCGACAACGAGCACGAGCCCAUGGAGGACAGCGCGCUACUUCCCCCACACAAGCGAAAGCGCAAGAGGAAGACGCGCGGCGGCAGCGGUCAAAACAGCCCCACCAACGCCGCGAUGCUGCUCCUCAAGUCCUUUGUCGGCACCGGCGUUCUGUUCUUGCCCAAGGCCUACCUCAGCGGAGGCAUGCUGUUUAGUAACCUCAUUCUUCUGGGGGUGGCGCUCCUGAGCUACUACUGCUUCGUGCUGCUCGUCUCGACGCGUCUCAAGAUUGACGGCUCCUUUGGCGACAUGGGCGGCAUCCUCUACGGCCGCUGGAUGCGUGCCGUCAUUCUCUUUUCCAUUGUCAUAAGCCAGAUCGGCUUCGUCGCCGCCUACACUGUUUUUACCUCGGAGAAUUUGCAGGCCUUUAUCAAGGCCGUCUCCGACUGUAAGACGUCCAUCAGCAUUCCCCAUCUCAUCCUCAUGCAAACGGUAAUUUUCCUGCCAUUUUCUCUGCUCCGCGACAUUGAGAAGCUCGCCUUCACGGCCCUCAUCGCCGACGCCUUUAUCCUCAUCGGCCUCGGCUACCUCUUUUACUACGACGUGCUGACCCUAGCCACCGACGGCAUCGCCGACAUCAUCAUGUUCAACAAGCGCGACUGGACGCUCUUCAUCGGCACCGCCAUUUUCACUUUCGAGGGCAUCGGGCUCAUCAUCCCCAUCCAGGAAUCCAUGAAGCAGCCGGAAAAGUUUCCCCGCGUGCUCUUCCUCGUCAUGAUCAUCAUCACGGUGCUCUUCACGACUAUGGGCGCCUUCUCCUACGCCGCCUACGGCUCCAAGACGGAGACGGUCGUGCUGCUCAACCUGCCUCAGGACAACAAGCUCGUCAACACGGUCCAGCUACUCUACUCGGUCGCCAUCUUGCUCUCCACGCCGCUGCAAAUAUUUCCCGCCAUUCGCAUCGUCGAGACGGAGCUGUUUACGCGCAGCGGCAAGUACAACCCGUACAUUAAAUGGCAGAAGAAUGUGUUUCGCUUCUUCGUCGUCAUGCUCUGCGCAGGGAUCGCCUGGGGCGGCGCCGACAACCUCGACAAGUUUGUUGCCCUGGUGGGCAACUUUGCCUGCAUUCCGCUCGUCUUUAUCUAUCCGCCGCUUCUACACUAUAAGGCCGUCGCGAGAAGCCGUCUCUGGAAGUACUCCGAUAUUCUCCUCUGCGUCUUUGGCCUCUUCACCAUGGUAUACACGACCUCGCUGACCGUCAUGAGCUGGGCCAACUCAAAGCCUAAGGCGCCUGGCUACUGCGAGAGACGCGGUCUCGGCCUUGACAGCUGGUGA